CUGUGAAGGGGGAGGGGCCUUGACGCGCGCUCCGCCCCACAAUGAGGCGUCUGUUGCGGUGCAGAAAAGCAAUUAAGUACGCGCGUGCGCAUAGCGCGCAUGAGUCCUAAAGUAGUGUUUCGUGUGUUUUCCUUGCAAAUGGGAUCCAUGGCCUAGCGCCCCAGGCAUUGCCACCCGUGACCUUGCACCGAAGCCUGCAAGGAGGGGUCUCCACCGAGCGCCUCGGCCCUGAAGCAUGGCAGCCAUCCCUUCCAGCGGCUCGCUCGUGGCUACCCAUGACUACUAUCGGCGACGCCUGGGCUCCUCGUCCAGCAGUAGCUCCAGUGGAAGUGCCGAGUACCCGGGGGACGCCGUGCCCCACUCCCCGGGUCUACCCAAAGCCGACCCGGGCCACUGGUGGGCCAGCUUCUUUUUCGGGAAAUCCACCCUCCCAUUCAUGGCCACAGUGUUGGAGUCUCCUGAGCAAUCGGCAGAAUCCCCCCAGGCCUCCAGAAGCCCGAUCUCCUGUGGCCUGGCUCCUGAAACCAUGAAGAAGCAGCCCGUCAUCCAUCCUGGCCAGACCAACACCAAGGCCCAGUCCUGACCUGUCAGAAUCAGCAGCCUGCCCAAGCUGAAGUGGUGCUAGGCCAGAGCCUACCCUCUCAACCCUCCCUGUAAAGUAGGAAGGCUGAACAACAGACACCAGCAGGAGCUGGAGAGAGCCCCCUCUUAGUUCACAGCACUGAGCUUUCCAGACCCCAUAACUGUGUCUUGCACAAAGCAGAAAAUAAACUCCCAGCAGUCCUCC